UUCUCGGGAGCCGGUGGUAGAGUUAACCUGGGGGCUGCCCUAGCGAGGUCUGCGGCGGGCGGCGCGGUGGACGCGGCGUGGGGGUCCCUUCUUGAGGGUUAGUGACCUCCCUCGUGCGGAAAUAGUUAUCCUGACUCACGUCCGCAGACCCCCCCCCCACCAUAGGGGCUUUGAUUAGAACCUGCUGAGGGCCGCAUCCGGCCCUGAGUUCUCAGCCCGGCCCGCGGCUCCCCAGGGUCAGGGGGCGCCGCUUGAUACGGCCAGAAGCGGCCCCGGGAGCAGCCCAGCCUUUUGGGAGCCCCUUCCUGCCGCUCCCAGAGACGGACGAAAAGCUCCCUUGGAACUCUGACUCACCAAGUGACCUUGAGCCCAGGGCGACGCCUGACUUGCAGUUCCUGGCUGCACUUGACUGUUCAGGAGCUUUGUGAGACUCUCCCUACACGGAAGUCCCGUCCAUGUUCCACUCGGUGUGUAAUCCGAGGCCUCUAACACCAGGACACAAACAUUGCUUGUCAGUCCGUCACACCCUAAUGACUUCGUAAAUCUCAGGGACUUCUGAAGAAGCACCAUGGCCUGUGCCGCUGCCCGGAUUCCUGGCUUGUUGCGAGGCUCUUCUGGAACCGUCUGUCUUCAGGCUGCUCCGGUGGGACUGGCACCCCGGGUUCUGCGCUGCCUUUCUCUGUCCUGCGUAAUGAAAUCCCAAAGGAAAAGUGACCACUUGGAGCGAACUGCCAAUGUCGUCCGACAGGAGGUGGUGUCGCCGGCCAAAGUGUGUGCGGUCACCAGUGAGUCCCCGUCAGUGAAGAGGCUCCGUCUACUUGUUGCAGACAAGGAGUUUUCCUUUAAGGCUGGCCAGUGGGUUGAUUUCUUUAUCCCUGGAGUGUCUGUGGUUGGUGGCUUCUCAAUCUGCUCCAGCCCCAAACUGUUAGAGCAAGAGAGAAUGAUAGAAUUGGCCGUGAAAUAUGCGAACCACCCGCCUUCCCUCUGGAUUCACAAUCAGUGCAAGCUGGACUCCGAAGUGGCCCUGAGAGUGGGCGGAGAGUUCUGCUUUGACCCUCAACCUACAGAUGCCUCGAGAAACCUCGUGCUGAUCGCGGGGGGAGUCGGCAUUAACCCUCUGCUGUCCAUCCUGCGACACGCGGCCGAUCUCCACAGAGAGCGCGCGAACACGGGAAGUGGCUACGAGACGGGGCAGAUCAGACUCUUGUACAGCGCGAAGAAUACCAGUGAGCUUCUGUUUAAGCAAAAUAUCCUCGAUUUAGUAAAUGAAUUUCCUGAGAAGAUUGCAUGCAGUUUGCAUGUUACCAAGCAGACUACACAAAUCAGCGCAGACCUCAAGCCGUAUAUCACGGAAGGAAGAAUAACGGAGAAGCAGCUAAGAGAUCAUAUUUCCAAAGAAACGUUGUUCUAUAUCUGUGGCCCACCUCCGAUGACAGACUUUUUCUCCAAGCAGCUGGAAACCAGCCAGGUUCCCAGAGAGCACAUCUGCUUCGAGAAGUGGUGGUAGGAGGCGAGCAGAGGGGCAGAAGCGAGUGACGGGCGGCCGGUCAGGAGACGGCCAGCCUGUAUCCACUGUGGCAGGAAGAAGCUACCCGGUUUCUGUCGCAUUUUUGAAGGCUGAGAAUUCCCUGAGCAGCCUGGGGAGCACGGAAAACUCAGCAGACAGACUUCAAUUCACUUUUUUUUUUUUGACAAAGACUUCAUUGAGUGAGCUACUUUUGACCAAGAUUGGCUUUCUUUUAUAAAUGACUGUUUGAUUAUCUCGCAAUGUACCUUAAAUAAAGUCAAUAAAGACUUGCUUUCUCCCUGGGCGGGGGAAAAGACAUCUCCAUACAUCUAACCGUAUGAGAAUAUGGUUUUGUGUGUGGCGGUCAGUGAGUUAACAGCAGCAGGUAUCUCUGAGACUCAGUAAACGUGACUUAAACACA